AUGCCAACCGCAAGCGUUCUCAUCCUCGAACCCGCGACCGUCGAAGACGUCCCGGCCCUCACGGAGGUCUGGUUCGCCGCCUUCGCACAGGACCCGGAAAUCGCCCGCCUCUGGCCGGACACACCCCGCGUGCGCGCGUGGUGGGACGGCGCCAACCGCGACGACAUGCUCGCCAAGCCCUUCCAGCGCUUCGUCAAGGUUGUCGACCCGGGCAGCGCGGACGCUCGCGGGCGGGCGAGGAUCGCGGCGUGGUCGAAGUGGGACACGUCCAUGCCGGCGCAGAGGGGCCGCCGGUACCCGCCCUGCUGCGAGGACAUGCCGGGCGAGGUGUUCGACGCGUUCUUCGAGAAGGAGGAGAGGGAGAGGGGCCGGGUCAUGGGGAGGAGAAGCAUUACUGUGAGAGGAGACUGUUGCCCCGCGUCCGAUAGGGAUUUGGAUACGCUGGUGACGCACCCCGACUAUCAGCGACGGGGUGCCGGGUCGAUGCUGCUGGAAUGGGGGUGCGGGCUCGCGGACGAGAACGGGGUCGCGGCGUAUGUGGAUGCGAGCAAGGCUGGCAAGGGGCUGUAUGAGAGGUUCGGGUUUGUGGACAAAAGUGAAGCCGAUGCGGGCGAGGUUGCGUCGAUGGCGAGGCGGCAGCGCUCCUGA